AUGCCUAACAAUCGCGGCCCAAGCAAAGGCUGUCGGCGGUGUCGCGAACUGAAAGUCAAGUGCGAUGAGAAUAAGCCAUCUUGCCAUCGUUGUCGCAAAGGUGAUCACGAUUGUGUAUACCGAUCGCAGUUCGAUCUCGUCCACCGAGACCAGAACUCGGUCGCCCAAGCAGCUGCAACCAGAAAAUGGCGCCAGCGAGCGGAAGCUCAACCCUCUGUGGAUAUUAUAAACAUUAUCAUUCCAAAGAGUCUGGGUAUCCCGCUGUCUGAGCUUGCAUACAACCGCCUUUACUUUGACUUUGUGAUUCCUUGGCCGGGAACUCUUAGCAGACUCCGCCAGCAACUUCGGGAAACGACCCCAGAUUCCUGCCUAGUCUCCGUGGUGGCUGCAGUAGCUUAUGCUAAUUUCCACGGACGAUGCAACUCAUCAGGGGCUAAAAGCGCGAGUCGCGUGCAUUAUGGACAGGCGCUGCAAAGGCUGGCAACGACCAUGACUAGUGCAGUGGAAAUGCAACGUGACGAGAUUCUUAUGGUCAUUUGGCUUCUCGGGAUGUACGAGAUGCUUACUUCGAGUAGCCGUGAUGGUUCUUGGGUCACACACAUGAAAGGUACCCAGUCCGUGCUUGCCCAUCGGGAUAAGAAAAAUUUGAAGGAUGACGAUAACUACCUCGCUGUUCUAUGUAUGAAUUUGAUCUUUUUCUAUCUGGCAGAGACAAAGGCCCCUCCGCCCCACCUACGACAUUGGAUCCAACAGAUUCCAUUCCCACAGGCAUUCAAAAAGCAACUAGUAGCUGCAAUGUCAGAUGCCGCUGCUGCAUGUUCAAAUUUACGAGAACGAUCGAAAUACAGGAGCGCCAGCCCCAUCGAAGAACUGGAUGCAGCCGAUCUUGACCUCGUGCAGGAAGCGCUCACUAUAGAUCUCAAACUUCAAUCUUGGGGCCAUACUUUACCUCCCGAGUGGGGAAAAAUCUCAACACAUCCAAUUACCAAUCAUCAUCGUCCAUCCUGGACAAGAGAACUUCUUACCUCCCCCGGUGCGCCCAAAUACGCUACCCGGUACCCGAAUCGCCUCGCCGCAUGCGACUCGAACGCGUGCCGAGCCACAAGACUCUUGCUCCAUAUGGAGAUCCUCUCGUUUAUAUCCACAUUUUCAUCUCCCAUCCUCGCUCUCACCACCCUCCAAUCCCAUAGCCGGGGCGUGCUAAUCACCCUCACCAUCGAAAUUGCUUGCUCCGUUCCCUACGCCCUCGACAUCUCGUCCGAUGGGAAAUCUGACCCGGCCACCCCAACAGAAGUUCCUGGAUUGUGUGCAUAUAGAAUUAUCUGGCCAGUCUUUACGGGCUUGAUAUGCUUGCAGAAUGACCUGGUUAAGAGCGAGGACUUUGCGCAGACGGCACAGUGGUUCCGGACGAUAUUGAGGUUCUUGCGAGACACGAUGGGAAUUGCCAAGGUGAAUGUAUUCCUGAAGAAGUGA